AGAGAAAAGGAGGGAUAGACAUUUAAGAGCUAGUUAAUAAACUGCAACGAUCUAGGAUAGGUUUGUUUACCUGUCUUAUGGAUCUGUGACGGAAGAAGAAGAGGAAUUUAUGCAAUUUCUGCGCUGGACAAAAUUAUGUAUUGCCUGAGAGGAACGAGACAUUUUCGGAUAUAUCUUGUGGUCGUGCUGCUGAAUUGUUGCUGGGACGUGGUUUGUGGACAGCUGUCAUAUUCCGUGUCAGAGGAGGUAAACCAGGGGACAUUUGUUGGAAAUAUAGCCAAAGAUCUAAAUCUAAAUGUUCAGGAUUUAGAGUCUCGUAUGUUUCAGAUCGUUGCUGGAUCAAAAAGAAAAUAUUUCGAUGUAAAUCUGAAAACGGGCGUGCUCUAUGUCAUUGAAAGAAUAGAUCGCGAGGAGCUUUGUGCGAAGGCUGCAAAAUGUACUGUCAAUGUAGAAGCCGUGAUCAACGACCCACUAAAGCUUUACCGUUUAGAGAUCACUAUAACAGAUAUAAAUGACAAUGCUCCCGUUUUCUCUGAGCAGUUACAGUCACUUAAUAUAGCCGAGAACGCAUCGCCAGGAAUUAAAUUUGGACUAAUAGGGGCAUCGGAUUUGGAUGUAGGAAAGAACGAUUUAAAUACAUACAAGCUAAGUAAAAAUGAUUACUUUACUCUGGAAACUAACAAAGGGGGAGACAGUGUGUCUGCUGACCUGGUACUGCUAAAAUCUUUAGACCGAGAGCAGGAUUCUGUUAUAAAACUUACACUGACUGCAGUAGAUGGAGGAAAUCCAUCCAAAACAGGAACCUCGCAAAUUAUUAUAAACGUUUUAGAUAUUAACGACAAUCCUCCUGUUUUCAGUAAAUCUUUAUACAAAACACAAGUUACCGAAAACUUGCCAACAGGGUCUGUUGUGAUCAUUCUGAAUGCAACAGACGCAGAUGAAGGUUUAAACAGUGAGAUAGAGUACUCUUUGAGGAGAAAAGGUCAGGAUCGUGUCUUGGAUUUGUUUCAGAUUGAUGCAAAAUCUGGAGCAAUUUUAGUCAGAGGUAAGAUCGACUAUGAAGAAAACACUGCGUUUGAAAUUCAUGCACAGGCCAGUGACAGAGGCCAGCCUCCGAUGUCUGCUCAUUGUAAGGUUCUAGUAGAGGUGGUGGACCAAAACGACAACGCUCCUGAGAUCACUGUGACGUCACUACUGAACAGCGUAAAAGAGGACGCUGAAGUAGGUACCGCUAUUGCACUUGUUUCUGUGCUGGACAAAGAUGGAGGGAGAAACGGUGUGGUAAAAGCUGUAAUUACAAACAAUGCCCCGUUUAAAUUAGACACGAAUUAUAAGAAUUAUUAUUCGUUAGUCGUUAAUGGUCUUCUCGACAGAGAGACUCAGGCCCAGUACAACGUAUCUAUUGUUGCAACUGACGAAGGGACCCCACCUCUCUCAAGCACCAACAUAGUAACUGUCCAGGUUUCUGAUGUCAAUGACAACCCGCCUCGCUUCUCAGAGCAGCUGGUUAAUGUUUAUGUGAGAGAAAACAGUCCAGUAGGAGCGGUUAUAACAACAGUGACAGCAGAAGAUGCAGACAGUAAUCAAAAUGGCCAGGUCAGCUAUUCAUUUUUGCAGAGUAAUAGUAACUCCAUACCUAUAUCUACAAUAAUCAAUAUAAACUCAGAGACUGGAGAUAUAGCCAGUCUGCAGUCGUUUAACUAUGAGGAGUUAAAAACGUUUCAGUUUAAAGUUCAGGCCACAGACUCUGGUGUUCCUCCGCUCAGCAGCAACGUGACUGUGAAUGUUUUGAUCCUGGAUGAAAAUGACAAUAAUCCAACUAUUCUCGCGCCCUAUUCUGAGCACGGCUCCGUCAACAGUGAGAGCAUCCCCUAUUCUGCUGAAGCGGGAUACUUUGUGGCAAAGAUCAGGGCUGUAGACGCAGACUCUGGAUACAACGCGCUGCUCUCUUAUCACCUCUCUGAGCCCAAAGGAAACAAUCUCUUCCGGAUCGGAACCAGCACCGGAGAGAUCAGGACUAAGAGGAGAAUGAGUGACAAUGACCUGAAAACUCACCCCUUGGUGGUGCUGGUCUCUGAUAAUGGAGAACCCUCCCUGUCAGCUACUGUGUCUAUUGAUGUGGUGGUGGUUGAAAGCAAUGCUGACAUCCACACUCAGUUCAGACAUGUGACCAUAAAGGAGGAGAGCUUCUCUGAUUUAAACCUGUAUCUGCUCAUCGCCAUAGUGUCGGUGUCAGCCAUCUUCCUGCUCAGCCUCAUCACUUUAAUAGCUGUCAAAUGUCACAGACAGACGGCAGUUUCAGCAGGUACGGAGCCCCAAUGAUCACCACCCACCCUGACGGGAGCUGGUCUUACUCCAAAUCUACUCAGCAGUAUGACGUGUGUUUCAGCUCAGACACACUCAAGAGUGACGUGGUAGU